AUGUUCAAGAACGGCAUGCGCCUGCCGUUGCACCCGUUCGUGCAGAGGUGGAUGGCCUUCCUCGGCGUCGCUCCUCAUCAGAUGAACCGAAACUUGCUGAGGACGAUCCUAUGUAUGUUCGUGCUUUGGAAGAGGCAUCACGGGAUCGAGCCGAGCACGAACAUCUUGCGGUGCUACUAUGGUCUGAGGAAGAGCCCGAAGCAGGCGGGGUUCUUCUAUCUGCAGGCAUUGCAGGGAAAAUUAUUGGAGAACAACCCUAGUUCGUAG